GAGACAUGGCCUCCAGGUCCCAAGCUCGGAAUUCAUGGUUAUGCAACCUCCAUGCAGCUUCACACCCCACCCCGCUUCUUCAGUAAUUGAUACACCAGAGCAAAGAUUUAAGCGGGAAGCGUAGGUACAAACCGUCAAACGAUCAUUUUCGACAUUUACUGUUACAUCGCCGUGAGCCACGAUAAUCACCGUUGACCCUGCGUCUCUCGGACUGAAGUCAUAGGAUCCACUUGGUCCCUGAUCUAGUGGGGUACCUCGGCACCAGCUACACUGACGGAGAUUGCUGGUCGCAGCUUGCAACAACAUACAAAGUUCCCUCAAACGUCCUCUUCGUCCAACUCGAGCUCCAAGCAACAUCUCGCAUCGCAUACCACAAACACAUCAUGUCAGGACAGCAGACGCGUCAAUGGAUAUUGGCCAACCCGCCAAAGGCCAACCCCGUCCUCGAAGGCGACAACGCUACCUUUAAGCUCGAGCAGAAGACUCUCCCCGCGCUCGGCUCGAACCAAGUCCUCGUCAAAGUCCUAUACCUCUCCAACGACCCCGCACAAAGAGGGUGGAUCCAAGACGGCGUUGACCCCAAGCGUCUCUACACAGAACCUGUGCUGAAGGGCGACGUCAUGUGCGCAUAUGGCGUAUGCGAGGUCGUGGAAUCUACUGCAGACAGCAUCAAAAAGGGACAGCUUGUGCUGGCAACAACAGGAUGGACCGAGUACGCCGUGCUCAAUGCCAGCGAGUGCCGGCCUGUGCAGCCUGAUGAGAAGGCUGGAAUCCGGCCUACGCACUUCAUUGGCGCAUUGGGAGGAACAGGCCUUACCGCAUACUACGGCCUGGUAGACAUUGCCGGCGCAAAACCCGAGGACACUGUUGUUGUAUCAGGCGCUGCAGGCGCUACUGGCAGCAUGGUCGUCCAGAUUGCCAAGCAUCUCGUCGGCUGCAAGAAGGUCAUUGGUAUCGCGGGAGGGGAGAAGAAGUGCAAGUGGGUAGAGAGCCUGGGCGCGGAUAUCUGCAUCGAUUACAAGGCGUCCGACUUUGAGUCUCAAUUGAAGGCAGCGACCGAGGGCUUCGUCGAGGUCUACUUUGACAAUGUCGGUGGUGAGAUAUUGGAUCUCAUGCUCACGCGUAUGAAGCGGCAUGGGCGCAUCGCGGCGUGCGGCGCCAUCUCGUCGUAUAAUGCUCCGGGCGAGGUGGGAAUCAAGAACUGGUUCGAGGUUAUUGCCAAUCGCAUCAACAUCAAGGGCUUCAUCCUCACGGAUGCCAUCGUCGCAGGCAAGACCGGCGAAAUGAUCAGCAAGCUCGUCCAAGGGGUUAAGGAGGGCAAGAUCCAGCUGGGUCCGGAGGUGGAGACGGUGGUUCCGACGAAGUUUGAGGACGUGCCGAAGACGUGGAUGGUGUUGUUUGAGGGUGGUAACCAGGGCAAGCUGGUGACUGCGCUCAAGCAGUAGGUGCGGUGGAUGGAGGAAGAGUUGGCUUGAUACCUGCAUACGAGUGGACACGAACUGAAUCACCGCAGCAUGGAGUCCAUAUCCGACCACACGACUAUCAAGUUAGAUCAUUUUCGAGAAACUUGCGCACAGACCACAACGACUACCCCGCCAUCUUGCUGCCCCUCC